AUUCCUCAUAUCGCAACAUUUAUGUUCAGUUCUGUAUUUUUCGUCCCAGACUAUCCUUUCACACAUAAUUCUAGCAUCUUUUAUAACUUCGCUCUGUUAAAUGUCUUUAUGAUAUUAAAGUCGUCUAUAGUGAAACAAUUCUUCUAAUUUCCCACUUUCAAUCGCACUAGAAAGUAGAACCGCACAAAAUAGCCAAACAAGACUAAGAUCAAAAUGGUUAUUUAGUGAAGGAAGCGAAGAUCUCACAAACCAGGUGAUCUUGGUCUUCUAAAUUUCAUGUUCUCGAUGAUCGUUGUCCUAAAAUUGUACAUGCUAGGACAUCCCUACACAUAACCGUUCCCUAAGCUAUAUGACUCUAAUCAACGGGCCCACAUUACCUAUGGCCCAUCCAGAAUUACCGGUUCCAACCCUUCCAUGUCGGCCCACAAAGUUUCCACACACAGACCUAAGUUCCCAUCUUUCCAGAACAUUUACACAUUGCCAUCUUCACCCACCUGCCGCCCUUCUUCUCUGUUCUCCCAUUUCCGCAAUAUACAGUACUUGCGCCGUUCGACCACCCAGAUUCGGCGAGAAAGAUCCAGGUGACGACUGAUUGAGGUAAAUAAUUCCUUCCUUAACCUUUCCACUUCAGCUUAGUAAAUUAACACGACCUUAACAAAAACGCUAAAUUCGUUCCCUUUCUCUCCGUUUCUUAGAUCCAGUUCCGGUUUCGAGACGCUAGCCUUUCCUUGCCGAUACAGAUCACUUGCAUGUGUUCGUUUGCCAUCAUGUCCAGAAACUUCGUGCUUCCAUCAAACCCAGCCGAUCCGAUUAUGACAUCGGCCGUAAUCAGAGGCCUUCAAGGAUCUUCGCUGACCCAACAUAUCGUCCUACGUUUGGUUCAUGCCUGGCUAUCUGAUGAAUUCAUACCGCGAACCGGACCGGAAUUUUUCUACACUUUAUGGAUGGAUCGGGAGGAAAACUUAAUCGAAGGUGUUACAAGGGAAUCAGAUAUUGCCUUUGCGCAGAACUGUCUUUCGGUGCAAACAUUGUACAACAUUCAGGCAGUGACUCUUACUAAGGCAAAACGAACUGGCCGAGCUGCUCCCGGAGAGAUUCGUCUACAUAUUUCUCCGGAAAUUAAAUUUACAAAAAUUGAUGAAAUUCAGUUCAGAGAAAAAUUCCCUAUUGAUAGCUUCAAAGAAAUCGAGUUUGAAGACUUAUCGCACCUGGUUACACAGACUACUCAUUUGGCAGAUUUGACAGGCCGCCUGGUAUCCGUUUCAGAACCACUCGAACAGAACACCGGGUCGGUUCUCAUCACAGCAAUUAUAGAGAACACCAGGAAUGUCACAGCCACUAUCGACUACACUUCGAAUUCCGACCAUUUGUAUCGAUAUUGUGACACAAUGGAACUUUCACAUCCAGUCUUGAUAACCUUUACAAGCAUAGCAAUUACAGAACCUGAACCGGACAAUCGCCUGCUUCUUAGAAGUACACCUGGAACACGACUACUCUAUGGUUCAUACACACACCGAUACAGGACAAUGAUGGAAAGCUUCUUCCACGACCACCUGCCUAUUAGGGUACUUCAGGACAACCCCAUUGCACCGACCGAGCUUUUCAGAAAAGAUAUACCGCCCACAGUUACAUUCAACAACCUCCUCUGUUUUCUACAAUCUGAUCAGACCAGCAGACAGAUGAGAUAUUGGUGUUUGGCCCGAGUGGACUAUAUCAUCAACAACGGUGGUGUAGUUAUCCACAAUGACACCGGAAUAUGGUACGAAGCGUUGGUAAGCUGCAAAGACUUCACAUCAAAGCAAACGAUUAAAUUCGACCAUACUGCAAUGGUUCAGUUACUCCGAAUCCCAGCCAAAGAAUUUGCAGAAAGACAGGAUUAUGAGCAACAUGGAAUACUGAAAGCCGCUGAAAACAAAUAUUUUACCUUAGAAUUAGCCGUUUACAGAGACGACAACAACGAGAAAAAAUUACUUGUCACCACUCUUUGGAGUCCUCUCUGUUCACACAUUUCCUAAAAAACAGAUUUCCUUCCGGAGAUGUCGGGUGUUCUUUGUCAAAUGAACAGUGAUUGCUACUAAGACCUUUUUAUGCGUGUGUAUAACAUCAAUACUGUUAAGACCUUUUGCUGGGAUGACUUUUCCCUCACGUCUGUAAAGCAUUCAUAUAAUAGAUACUUAUUACACUAAACAAAAAUAUCACAAUAAAGCGGACAUUACAUCACACCCGCCGCGCAGCGCGGGCUGCCAUAGCUAGUAUUAAUCAAAGAGCUAGUCUAAAAGCUAACGAUAAAUAUGUCUUGUCGGAUCACUCGUGAGGACAUUUUAAGAAAAGAGAACAAAGAAGAAAUUGGUUCAGAAAUAGAAACGAAUAGCCUCAAGUACCGUCGUAUCCAAAAUUGUACAGGAAAAUUCAACAAUAAAGUAUUUUAUAUUAC